UGUCGUGUAAAAUAAUUAAUAGUUUAAUGUCAGGAUGCAAGAUUAAUGUAUGUUAUUCAACAAGGCAAAAUGCAUGGCAAAAGCCAGCAAGCCAUAAUGCAUAUGUGUUUAAUAUUUAUCUCUGUGUGAGAGGUUUUCAACCAAAUUUAACUCUUAAUUUCAAUAGGAGAUAUCAAGUAAGGUUGGGGCUGAUGAUUUUUGAAAUAGUAAUCACCAUUUUGGGGGCAGUGCUCUUGCACUGGCUUUUUAUCGCGCUGUUCAAUCCAUGGCGUUACCCGCCCGGUCCAGCGGGGCUUCCCCUGAUUGGAAGUCUCCACCUGGCGGCACCAGAGUUUCACAUAAGUAUAUUAAUAAAAUUUCCAUUUCCCUUUACUCCCUUUCUCUUUUCUGCUUUUCUCAAAAAACAAAUUACCGGAUUGUUUAAUAUUUGUUUUUCAGAGUUGCCUAAGCUUGCUAAAAAGUAUGGACCCAUUUUUACUAUAAAAGCUGGAUGCAGACGUGUGGUGUUUCUAGUUGGCUAUGACGUAAUUAAAGAAGUUAUCACAGACAGAGCAAAGGAUUUUGCUUCAAGAUGUCCCACCAUAGUAGCAAGAAUUGUUCGUGGAGAAGGUUUAGAUGGUAUUGCUGCAUCCCCAUACGGUCCCAAAUGGAUGGCAAAUCGCAAGUUUUUUUACUCUGCCAUGCGUACCAUGGGGUUGGGAAAGCGUGGGAUAGAGAAGUGUGUGGUUGAUGAAAUUCCCUACAUUGUGGGAGAACUUGAGAAUAUUUGCUCCAAUGAUGGGUUGUUUGAACCAUCGAGUGUAUUUGACUCUGCUGUACUGAACGUGCUGGCAUAUUUUACUUUUGGAAAUCGCUACUCUUAUCAAGAUGAAAAAUUUAAAGAACUUAUCCACAUCAAUAAUGAUUUCUUUCAAAAAUCAAAGUUUCUGAAUCAACCACAAUUCUUUCUUCUUACUUUGAUACCUGGCUUGGAUAAAUACUGGCUUCCCAAAUGUGGAAAAGAUAUAAAAGAAUCGUUUGGGAAAAUCAACAAAUUUGUGAAAGCAGAAAUUAAACAACACCGACAAAAUCUUGACCCUGAGAACCCAAGAGAUUAUAUUGAUUGUUAUCUCAAUGAACUUAAUCAGAUGAAUGAUCAAAGUGAAUUAUCUGAACUUGGUUUAGAAAUGUCGAUCAUGGAUUUGUUUCAAGCUGGAACUGAAACUACAUCAACUACCUUACGUUGGGCAAUUUUAUACUUAGCUAAUAAUCCUCAUAUUCAAGAGAAAGUCCAGCAGGAGAUUGAUGAAGUUUUGGGUUUUGAUCAACUUCCUCAAUAUGAAGAUCGAAUGAGAAUGCCAUAUUGUGAAGCAACUGUUUUAGAAGUACAAAGAAUGGCAACCAUUGCACCAAUUGGUUUGCAACAUUGUUCAGAAGACGACCAGGUGUUAGGUGGCUAUCGUGUCCCAAAGCGUACAAGUAUUGUGGCAUGUUACCACUCUAUUCAUUUCGACCCAAAAUUUUGGAAAAAUCCCAACAAAUUUGAUCCAUGCAAUUUUCUUGACAGCAAUGGAAAAGUUUGUAUUCCUGAUGCAUUUAUGCCGUUUGGUGGAGGACUACGCAUAUGUGUUGGAAUGAAUAUUGCGAAACAAGAACUCUUCCUGUUCUUUGUGGCGAUCCUCCAAAAGUUUUCUCUGCAUCUUCCGGAUGAUAUGGAUCAUCUUGAUGAAAAACCUGGACCAGGAAUCAUACUCGCUCCCAAGAUCUAUCGAGUCCAGAUAAAACGCAGAGCAUAGUUUAACAUAGGACCUCCCAAACUCAAACCUUUUCAAUCUCCUAACCUUUUCUGUGAGGCUUUUUACUUCACUCAUGCUCCAAAGAUCUAUCAAGUCCAGAUAAAACGCAGAGUUUAACACUCAGCUCCCCAAACGGGUUUACUCUCAAACCCUGUUUUAUCUUCUGAAUAAAUGAAUGUAACUUACUUUACCUUGGGAAACAACAGUUGAUAUAAUACGGGUGUUCUGUUUCAUACACCUCGUGUCAGCUUACAAGUACCAUGUAUGCUACUUUGUAGUUGAUUUUUUUAUUUUAAACUUUUGUAAAAUUAGUAUACUCUCGAUGACCCCUGAAGUUUGUUACCCCCAGUUUUUCAAAGCCCUGGUGUAACAAUUCUUAAUAUAUUUCUUUCAGCAUUCGAACAAAAUUACUAAAUGCACAUUAAAUCAAUGCACACUA